AGGACUAUUCCCGAAUUUCCGGGAGGUGGUAAGCAAAACAUGUUUUCACAUCAUAAAUGCGUCCGCGGCAUUAAACACAUACGAUCUUGCCAUUUCUUCUUCUUUCUAAAAUAUUUACCGUAGGAAUAUCCCGCUCUCUCUGAUAGAUGAGCGGACUGUAUUUUUCCUAGGAGGCCAAGUACGUUUACCUUCAUCGUCGCUACCCAUCAGGUGAGCUCUUGCUAGUCACGAAUAAGCCAGACGACCACAUUUGCAUCUCUCUAAAUCUAUACCCAGAGCAAACAACUACUUGCUUUGCCACUGAUCCGGAGGAGACUACUUCUGUCUCUGAGGACGUGGAUCGGGCGAUAUUUACCCAUAUUUCUUCAACGACUCCAGUAUUUGCAUGGACGGGCGUCCGGUCAACGAUGAGUCGGAGGAGGAGCCCAUAUUUCGUAGAUCAAAAAGGCGGCCGUCUACAAACAGAGUCAGCUCCAUGGGCUUUUUCGAGCUCAUGACACUCAAGGCGGAAAUCGACAAGUGUCUCAUCGAGCAGUGCGAGCGAACAGCCAAGCAAAUUGAGGAAAUGCACGCGCUAGAAGCCAAGCGCGUUGCAGAGGAAGCUAGGGAGAGACCAGAAGAAGAAGGGGAAAAGCACCCGGAAGAUGGUCAAACACAGUCAGAGAAGCAGGAGUCAGAUUCAGAGCGGGACUCAAAGCGAUCAAAGGUUAAUCAAGAUGGCAGCACCGGGACCGGCCCCAAUUCCAAUUGGGGCAAGAACGCGUUUGAGAAGACUUCGGUCGUUCCUGAAAAGUUGAGACGUCCCAAUCGGGCAUCAGAGAAAAGGCAGAGUACUAUGCAAGGAAAGCCGCAGACGAAAGCUCGUUCUUCUGCAACGAGCAGGAAGAGCGAGAGUGAUACCGGCAUGGACUUCGAGAAAAACGAUAAUUCCAAUACGAACUCAAGCUACUCGACGCGGCUGCCUGAUCUGGAAGAAGACAUUUCUAUGGCGGAUGCAUGGCCCGCUUAUACACCUGCGGGACCAGACCGGGGACCAUUGGUGAGCGCAAUGGAGAUUCUUUCCUCGCGUCAGAAUACCAUGAUGAUAUGCCUGCAAGCUAUUCAGCGGAGUUUGGCCCGGCUUGAAGAGCGGCAAGUGCAGCUUCAGAAUGCAAUCAUGGUUCAAAAGGAAAACAAUAAGGAAAAUAUCAAUGCCGAUCCGAGUUCCGAGGUGCAUGACAAGAGUUGCGUACUGGGGAAGAGAAAGCGGCAAUAGGAACCUGGAAUCGAUUUAUACUGGUACAAGGAUAUCCAGGUUGGUGUGCACUAGAUGCUGAGAGAUUCGACAGGGGUUUGGGCGUGACCGUGUGCUGAAAAAGGGAUUGAAGAUAGGGUUGCUCGUGGAAAUUAUGGGAAUGACCUGAAGGCGUGAGCAAAUUGCUUGCACAAUGGCUAGUUCAAGCUUUCCAAUUUGCAAUAUUUUGCUGACAGUAUGAAUAGUUUGGGCUACAAAGGGCUAAGAAAACUCCAGUCGCUUUGCUUAUCUUGAGAAAUGCGAUGGAGUCUUGUCACUUUAUCCAUACUCCGCAGCAGAAGUAAUAAUGA